GCAAAAUCACUGCACAGAGCAGGUAAGUUGCUGGAGGUUACAGCACAUCAUUACUGCUCACUGGUUGCUAGAGGUUACUGUACAUCAUUUACUCACUGCCUGCACUCCAUACUACAGGAGAUGGUCAGAGACUGUAGAUAUACUACAGGAGAGUAUCAGAGACUGCAGACAUACUACAGGAGAGGGUCAGAGACUGCAGAUAUACUACAGGAGAGUAUCAGAGACUGCAGACAUACUACAGGAGAUGAUCAGAGACUGCAGACAUACUACAGGAGAGGGUCAAAGACUGCAGACAUA